GAGGUCCUCGCAAAUUCGCGCGCUGUGGACGUUCCGCUCAUCAUGUCUCUGCUCAGGCAGCGGGUCGCUGCCCUGCGGCCUCUGCGCCAGUCCUGCCGCGCCGCCGGCCUUGCUACACGAGCGGACACGAGUAAUCUCGCAUUUUUCGACGACCUCAGUGGGACGCCGCCCCCCUCGACGAACCCGCCCUUGGACGACUCUUCGUCCUUCCCCCAGCCCUCGAUCACUAUGGACCCGGAAGACACAGGGCCGCCCAAGGGCGAGGCAUACCCCCUCAACCCUAUAAAAGUCAACGAGUCCAAAAGUGCUGAGAUAGCGCAGGGGAAGCUCCAACAAUCGGUCUAUGCUAUCUACUGCAAGUCGAAUAAGUCGAACACGAUCGUGUCUGCGACCCGGCCGAGCGGGCAUAUCCUGCGGACGUACAGCGGUGGAGCGAUGGGGUUCAAGGGCGCGAACCGGUCGAGCUACGAGGCUGGCUACCAGUCCUGCGUGGCGGCCUUCAAGGUGCUCGAGAAGGCCAUGGAGACGGAGAAGGACCCGAAGUGGCAGUUGUAUUUGAAUGGGAGAGGGCAGGGGCGGGAUGCGUGCCUGAAGGCUGUAGUGUCGACGGAGGGGCAGGUGUUGAAGCACAGGCUGGUCAAGGUGAUUGACAAGACGCCUAUAAAGAUCGGAGGUACGAGGUCGAAGAAGAUGAAACGGCGGUAGUGCUGUCUGGGUCGCAGUCUUCCGCUGCAGUCCUGUGCAUCCGCUGUUCCAUCGAGCCCUGGGCUCCUACACUACACCCCUUACACGCGGCUACCUUUGAAUGAGAGACGGGUAUCUCACUGCUAGUCCGACUCUGGCCAGGUGGGCUAGAGCUACUGCUGCCGACAAACUUAGCACCAGGUGUAAUGACCCUGCGUACACGCGGGAUGAUAAUGGAAGGUGGUCUAUCAUUGCA